AUGUUCGCCUCAAUCAAUAUCGCAACUGCAAUCGCAGUGAUUGCUUCCACAGCCAGUGCCGCACUCUACUAUCCAGAUGUUCAGACACAUCUUCUUGAGCACAUCCUCGUCGACAACUGGGGCGCUUACGCAUCCAACUUUUCUUCUGCAAUUACGCCCUGUGACCGCUACGUGACGCAGACAGGGAAUGCGGCACUAACCAGUGGCCGCACGACGGCAGCCCAAUGGAUGCGUGUGCUUUUCCACGACUUCAUAACGGCCAAUGUAAGCGCAGGUACAGGUGGAGUGGAUGCAAGCAUUGGGUUUGAGACAGCGAGGGAAGAGAACAAGGGGAGUGCAUUCAACGACAGUUUUACCUUUUGGAAGCCCUAUGUCAACGGCGCUGUUUCCAUGGCCGAUCUAAUUGCAAUCGGAACCGUCAUGUCGAACAACCUAUGUGGAGGCAACAACAUGCCCUAUCGCCCCGGGCGCAUUGACGCUCUCGCCGCCGGCUCAACAACAGGUGUUCCAGCACCAGAAACAAGUCUUGAAGAGACCCUCGUAUUCUUCGAGCGUGCCGGCUUCGAAAAAGUGGAAGAUGCCAUUGGCCUCACGGCAUGCGGCCAUACCAUGGGCUCGGUGCACCACGGCGGCUUUCCCGAAGUUGUAGACGAGACCUUUGUCACCCCAAAUAACACCAACGGCGGCAGCAACUUCGACACGACGCGCGGUGUCUUUGAUCCCAACGUUCUGGGAGAAUAUGUGCAUUGGACGGGCAAUAAAGGCGGUCCGUUGGUGACUUCGCACAAUGAGACCAUGAACUCUGACCUUCGGCUCUAUGAGAGCGAUGGUAAUGCCACCAUGCGAGCACUGCUUGCACAGGGACCCGCGUUCCUAGAUACCUGUGUCGAGCUUAUGCGCCGCGCCAUCGAUACCGUGCCAUCUCACGUGCAACUCGGUGAUAUCGUCACGGCAAUCCUCGUCAAGCCGAUUAACGUUACCUAUGACUACUCCAAGAUCGAUGGCAAGCUGGUGCUAUCGGGUAAGAUUAGAGUGCUGACUGCAGCGGGACACGGAAGUCUAAAUUCACUUACGCUUCGCAUGGGUCAGGAUGAGACGGACAUUGCACUUGUUGCCGAAGCCGAGACUGGACAGUCUGUUUUCGGUCGCGGUGCUGAUGGAUAUGGGACCACGACUUACUUCCCCUUUUCCGUAUCUGGACCCUCGAUUCGAAAUGCGACUUCCUUUUCUGUGAGUGGUGCAGGUGUCCAACAAGACUUUGAGAUUAGCAACCGGGUAUUCGUGGUGCAGAGUUUAACGGCUCUUGACGGCAAGGUUGUCAAUACCGCCAUUGCUGUAUCGGCGCCUAGCUCUUGUGAGGAUGUUCACGUACGUAUCGCUGCACCUUUUACACAGCCCGGGACGUUGGCACCGAAGGUCAGCGAGAAGGAUGUAGUGAUGAGCGCGUUGCCCGACACCCUGGACGGCUAUACGCUGUGCGGUGGAAAUCUUAUUCUGGAUGCCGUGCCAACUGGCUUACUCACCAUAAAGGCACUACAAGGAGGUACACUCGUUGAUACACUGUUGGUAAACGGGGGAAAAGCAGGCUGGUAA